AUGAUGAUAUCAGCCCAAGUCAGUGCCAUUAUUCAGAACAAGAUCCCAGAAAAACUUCCUGAUCCAGGGAGCUUUGUUCUUGAUUGCACUAUCUUCACUGACAGAUUUGCUAGAUCUUUGUGUGAUCUUGGUUCUAGUGUCAACCUUAUGCCAAGAUCAGUAGCACUCAGCCUGGGAAUGACAGACUUCCAGCCUACUAAGCUCACUCUCAUCCUUGCUGACCGAGAUGGCAUAGUGCUUGGCCACAGGGUUUCAGAAGCUGGAAUAGAAGUUGACCGCGCUAAGAUAGAGGUGAUGACAAGUCUUCAACUACCAGAGAAUGUGAAGGCAGUGAGGAGCUUUCUUGGACAUGCAGGUGAUGGUGUUUACAGAAGAUGUCUAGCUGAGACAGAAGUUCCUGAUGUUCUUUUUCACUGUCAUGGAUCAGAUUAUGCUGGACACUUUGCUACUUUCAAGACAGUGUCUAAAGUUCUACAAGCUGGGUUUUGGUGGCCCACAAUGUUCAAGGAUGCUAAUGAGUUUGUUUCCAGAUGUGAUGCUUGUCAGCGGAAAGGUCAGAUUAGUAAGAGGCAUGAGAUGCCACAAAACUUUAUCCUUGAGGUUGAAGUUUUUGAUUGCUGGGGCAUUGACUUUAUGGGACCAUUCCCUUCCUCUUACAAGAAUGAAUACAUCUUAGUGGCUGUUGACUAUGUCUCCAAGUGGGUUGAAGCAAUUGCAAGUCCAACCAAUGAUUCUGCUGUGGUUCUUAAGCUGUUUAAGACCAUUAUCUUUCCAAGGUUUGGAGUUCCUAGAAUUGUCAUCAGUGAUGGAGGUAAGCACUUUAUCAAUAAAGUGUUUGAGAAGCUGCUGAAAAAGUAUGGUGUUCAACAUAGAGUGGCUAGCCCAUAUCAUCCUCAGACCAGUGGACAAGUUGAAGUUUCCAACAGGCAGAUUAAGGAGAUUCUAGAGAAAACAGUGGGUGUUACAAGAAAAGAUUGGGCUAUGAAGCUUGAUGAUGCACUUUGGGCAUAUAGGACUGCUUAUAAGACACCACUUGGCACUACUCCUUUCCAUCUGCUUUAUGGGAAAGCCUGUCAUCUUCCAGUGGAGUUAGAGCACAAAGCAGCCUGGGCAGUUAAGUUGAUGAAUUUUGAUGCCAAGACAGCUUCAGAGAGAAGGUUAGUGCAGUUGAAUGAGUUGGAUGAGCUGAGAUUUCAUGCAUUUGAGAAUUCCAAGCUGUACAAGGAGAGGACCAAGGCUUAUCAUGAUAAGAAGAUCAUCUCCAGACACUUUGAGCCAAAUGACCAGGUACUCCUUUACAAUUCCCGCUUGAAGCUGUUUCCUGGAAAGCUGCGUUCCCGCUGGUCUGGUCCUUUUACUGUUCAAGAAGUCAGACCAUAUGGAGCUAUUGUGCUGUUGAACUCAAAAGGGGAGGAAUUUACUGUUAAUGGCCAAAGGGUGAAACAUUAUUGGGCAAAAGCUGAGAUACCAGACGGACACAUUGUGCGUUUGGAGGAUGCACCCUCUGCCUAA